GUUAACUUGGCUCAGUCGCAGUCUGGAUUCCAAAUCUGUCGCGACAGUAAACGCGCGUGCGGAUCAGAUCAGUCUUUAAAGUUUAAUACCAAUUUGAGGCUAAUUUCUGCUGACUGCAGUUAGCAAACUAAAAGUGCGCGUGUUUAACUUUGCAUCUAAAUCCAAAGUUCGGUACUGUGAAUCGUUUGUGACAGUUGCAGAUUAGAAGUCGUUGGAGGAGUCAUGACCAUCAAGUGUGCCCAGCUGGUGGGCCUAUUGGCCCUGCUGAUGGGCGUGGCCGGCGUUAUUGACCCCACCCUGCGAGAGGAAUUCAAAGGUCCUUACUGCGCACUGCGCAACACCUGCUGUGCUGAUCGCCACGACGGCUGCUCGCGGCCUAUCAAAGACACCAUCUGCUAUUGCGAUGAGUUCUGCGAUCGCGUCGAUGCGAGCGACUGCUGCCCGGACUACCGCUCCUACUGCUUCGGUGAGCCGGAUCCGAUAGUCGCCUGCAAGCACCACGACACCUACUUCACCAAGUACAACAGCACGUUUGACAACUGCAACGAGUGCCGCUGCCUGGACGGCGGGAAGGUGCAGUGCGACACGGAACUGUGCCUCACCGACCACGAUCUCAUCGAUGGCGUGAACUCCAUCCACAAUAUCGGUUGGUCCGCCCGCAAGUACGAUCAGUGGUGGGGCCGCAAGUACUCCGAGGGACUGCGACUGCGUCUGGGCACCAAGGAGCCCUCGUUCCGGGUGAAGUCGAUGUCCCGACUGAGGAAUACCGCCGAGGGCCUGCCCCGGACCUUCAGCGCCGUGGACAAGUGGUCCAGCUACAUCUCUCAGGUGCCCGACCAGGGCUGGUGCGGUGCGUCCUGGGUGCUGUCCACCACCUCGGUGGCCAGCGAUCGGUUCGCCAUCCAGAGCAAGGGCAAGGAGGCCGUCCAUCUGUCCGCCCAGCACAUCCUCUCCUGCACGCGCCGCCAGCAGGGCUGCGAGGGCGGUCACCUGGACGCCGCCUGGCGCUACAUGCACAAGAAGGGCGUGGUGGACGAGAGCUGCUAUCCGUACACCCAGCACCGCGACGCCUGCAAGAUCCACCAGCACAGUCGCUCUCUGAAGGCCAAUGGCUGCCGUCCUGUGGAAAACGUGGAUCGGGAUGCCUUCUACACGGUGGGUCCGGCCUACAGCCUGAGUCGCGAGUCCGACAUCAUGGCGGAGAUCUUCCAAUCCGGCCCCGUCCAGGCCACAAUGACGGUGUACCGCGACUUCUUCGCCUACUCGGGAGGCAUCUACCGCCGGACGGCGGCCAAUCGCGGAGCUCCCACUGGAUUCCACUCGGUCAAGUUGGUUGGCUGGGGAGAGGAGCACAAUGAGAAGUUCUGGAUCGCAGCAAACUCGUGGGGAACUUGGUGGGGCGAGCACGGCUACUUCCGCAUCCUGCGCGGCUCCAACGAGUGCGGCAUCGAGGAGUACGUGCUGGCCUCCUGGCCCUUCGUCUACAACUAUUACAACGUGAAGUCGGCUUAAUGGGACUCAGAGGGCCUACGCCUCGCACCGAGCAAUCUCGAGCUAUGCAGAAACGAAAACAAAUUUAUCUCAUGCUUCAAAAUUUUCCAUUUGCUAUAUGGCACUCAAAGUGAAUUAGGCGCUUCUAUCUGUAAUGAUUAUGCUUAGAACCUAGUGACUAAAAAAAAUUAGCUUUAAGUUGCGCGAACGCACCAAGUUAACUGCCCGCGGUACCAGGCCUGUCCCUAACCACUUCCCUCCCCCACUAACUGGUCUCGAAGCAACACGAAACUGCCACUUAACCACCGCUCCAUCCCCCGAAAACUGCCACAACAACCAGAAGAAUCGAACAUCUAACACCCUUGUAGCGCAUGUGAUUGAUGAAAGGACGAAUAUCGGAUCGGCGAGAGUCUGUAGGAUAUAAUUGUGUAUCGUAAAUGGAAGCUAUGUUAACUGAUUAAUAGUCCGAUGAAGCGUAGUCGGCUUAUAUAUUUUUAAUAAACGAAUUACUUUACAUGUUA